GGUGGAUGUGCCUUUUUCUUUUGUCCUUCCAUCUGUUAAAUUGCAGCCUCCAACCUCCCCCAAGCCCGCAACCUUGUGGGGGGGAGUAAGAUGAAGAGGAAAGGUAUAGCUGUCGUUGCCAUCCUGCAGGCUUUGCUCCCAAUUACAGAUGCUAGUGUGCUGGGGCUGGCAGAUCCAAAAUUAUGCUAUCUUCUCGAUGGGAUCCUCUUCAUUUAUGCUAUAAUUAUUACAGCCUUAUUUGUAAAAGAGAAGUUAAGCAAAGGCUCUCCUGAACCUUCACAAACUCAGGGCCCAGAUGAUAUAUACAACAAAUUGUCUCACGCACGCAGAGAUCAGUACGAUAUGCUAGGAGCUAGGAGAGAGACUGAUAUUGAAGUGGGAGGGAAAAACCAGCACAGAAGGAAGAAUCCUCAGGACAGAGUUUAUUCCUCUCUACAAAGGGAUAAGAUGGGUGAUGCAUACAGUGAAAUUGGAAACAAAGGAGAGAGGCGUCGGGGUAAAGGCAAUGAAGCUGUUUACCAGGGACUCAGUGCAGCAACAAAGGAUACCUACGAUGCCCUUCAAAUGCAGCCAAUGCCUUCUUACUAGCCACAGUAGGAUCCCACAAGACACAGAAGCCAAGGGCAGAGAAGUGACGUUCUUGCCUCCAUUCAAGAUAAUCCACACAGGAAAUGCUUGCUUGCUAUAAUAAUACCAUUCGCAAGCAUUAAUUCCUUCCUUAACCAACUUCAAAUUAUGGUUUUUGAAAUGUACAUAUUCAAGAGAGACUGGGAAUGCACAGUUGCUCAGUUGAAUUCUAAGAGCAAAAGUUGUGAUUGCUGUUUCUUAUCUGUAACAGAUUUUUCCCCUUAUCUGUAAAGUUUUUUAAAAGACUAAAUAUGUAAUUCUAGUUUGGAGGCACUGUAGAUAUAUAUUUGAUAUUUAGUAAUCUACAAACUGUCUAUUAGACUUUAUUUUUUAGACUGCAAGUGUGGCAUUUUUGCAGCAUGUUUAUACAAGUGGCAUUAAAAACAACAAAAGGUUGCCAGUGGAUGGUGGGAUUCAGAAUGCAGCUAGAAGCAUGCUCAGUCCAGCUUCCCAUGUGCUCCUAUUGUGACAACUGUAUUCCACCUGUAGUUAUUUCAUCUGUUGUCCUUACUAAUAAAUAGGUACAAUGAAGUUACUAGCGGAUCUUAAGUUCUUGCCUAUUUGACAGGCUUUGAUCAGUGCAAACUGGAUUUUCAAAAGAGGCAAGAUUAUUCUUACCACAGACAUGAGUGUCACUUUAGCAUUCUGCAUAAAUGGAAUAUUACUUCAGCCUUUCAAGACUGCCUUUGGGAACCAUGCUGUAUAGCAUGGAAUCAACCAUCCCUGAAAUUAGCCAAAUGGAUGGAAGCAGCUUGGCCAAAUCCAAGCAUUUAAAAAUGUGCAUUUGAUCUCAGUGGUAAUUAAGCUUUUAGUUAAAACAAAUGUUAAUUUUAUCUCUGAAUAACUGAAAACACAUUCAAUGUAUUUUAAAUAAAUGUAUCUUUUAAGUAUA